GUGAAGGUGGCUAUUUUACCUCCGGUCACAAACACAUAGGCCUACGGGUUAAUGGCAGCUAGCAGUUCAGUUUACCAACUUUGUACAUUUUUUAAUGGAUCCCCUGUGAUGUUAUUUGCUAUCUAAGGCUCAUGUCAUAACGUUAAGAUGUGUAUUAAGCGAAGUUGACAAUGUAUUUUCCCAGUUUUAAGCUCAUUAGCUUCAUGUUCAUAUAAUCUGACUAGCCUACUCCCCCCUUUCAAAUGUCUUGAAACAAGCAAAUUAAAUGUUCCUGAAUGAAUGUGCUAUAUAAAUAAAAUUUGCCUGGGCAUUUUUAUUUAAUCCAGGGGGACGCUACUGGCUGCAACUUGUAAAUACCUCCAGAGAAGUCAGUUCAGGCACAUUAUCAUCUCUGUAUUUGGGCAAGAAGACUGACGACAACAAGCCUGAUCAGCCAGUUUGUUCCAAUUUUGAACGAUAUGGGGUGUGUUCUGUCCAAAGUUCAGCAAAUCUAAAAGUGAAAAUAUCAGACAGAGAGGACGGAGUCUGUAAAAUGGAGGCUAAAGCUUUGAUUCCUGAGGACGAGCUCUGUUGUUCUGUAUGUUGUGAUAUUUUUAAAGAGCCUGUUGUCCUGAAAUGCAGCCACAGCUUCUGUGGAGUGUGUCUGAAGCAGUACUGGGCAGGGAAGAGCUCUCGAGAGUGUCCCAUCUGCAAGAGAAAUGUCUCUGUGGAGGAACCUCCUAUAAACCUGGCCUUAAGAAUCAUUGUGGAGUCCUACUUAAAGCAGAAGACUGAGAGAGAAACUACAGACAAGAGUGACGCUCGCUGUAGUCUUCAUGGGGAGAAAUUUCUAUUCUUCUGUGAACAUGACAAAGAGCCUCUUUGUGUUGUCUGUCAGACUUCAAAAAAACACAGAAACCACCCAGUCUGUCCAGUGGAAGAGGCCGUACUGGAACUGAAGGAGGAACUCAAGCCUGCACUUAAUCUUAUUAAAGAAAAACUGAAGAGGUUUACUGAGGUUGAACAAGAAUGUAAGGAAACAGCAGAACAUAUCAGGAGUCAGGCCCAGCACACAGAGAGGCAGAUAAAGGCAGAGUUUGAGAAGCUCCACCAGUUCCUGCGAGAGGAAGAGGAGGCCAGACUAGCUGCUCUGAUGGAGGAAGAGGAGCAUAAGAGUCAGAUAAUGAAGGAGAAGAUAGAAAACAUCACAGGACACAUCUCCACUCUUACAGACAAAAUCACAGCUAUAGAGAAGGCCAUGGACACUGAAGACACCUCCAUUUUACAGAACUACAAGAACAUCAGGGAAAGAGCCCAGUGCACACUGCAGGAUCCAGAGAUGCUCUCAGGGGCUCUGAUAGAUGUGGCCAAACACCUGGGCAACCUGAAGUUCAGAGUCUGGGAGAAUAUGCAGAUGGUGGUGCAGUACACUCCUGUGGUGCUGGACCCCAAUACUGUACAUACCUAUCUCUCUCUCUCUGAUGAUCUGACCGCUGUGAGGGACACAGGUACAUACCAGAAAUAUCCUGACAACCCAGAGAGGUUUAAACCCUGUGGGUGUGUGCUGGGAUCUGAGGGGUUUACCUCAGGGAAACACAGCUGGGAUGUGAAGGUUGGGAAUAAAUUAGGCUGGGAUAUAGGAGUGGCAAAAGAGUCCAUCACUAGGAAGGGAAGUAUAACAUACAGCCCAGAGAGUGGAUUCUGGGUCUUAAUGCUGAGGAAUGGUGAUAAGUACAUUGCAUCUGGAGCUGCCCUCACACUGAAGAGGAAGCCCCAGAGCAUCAGAGUGCAGCUGGACUAUGACAUGGGGGAGGUGUCCUUCUUCGACUCCAGUGACAUGUCAGUCAUCUACACUUUUAAAGACACAUUUACUGAGAGAGUGUUUCCGUACUUCUCUCCCUGUUUGAAAAAGGAUAAGAAUGAAGGACCCCUGCAAAUAUGCCCAGUGAAAAUCUCUGUGAAAGUGAUGUAAAACCAGUGAAGGUAUUUGUUUUAAAAAAAAGAACAAAGUAGAGAUGUUGUUCUUGGAAAGAACUUUUGUUGUUUCUAAUGUGCCUCAGCAUGCCUGGUUGCUGAUUUGGGUACUCUGGGGUAGACUUGCUGGAGAUGUGAAUUGAUCAAGGUGAGGUGGUUGAUGGCCUACCAGAAAUAAAUGGGAGGCAGACAUACACUCAGAUAACAGUGAUCAUUUGGUUAAUGUAAUCAGCCUCAGUAUGCAUGAAUACUGAUUUGGGACAGACCAGAGGAAGUGCAAAGGGGGAUGUUUAAUAGUCUGUCAGAAGAGAGCAGACAUGCAUACAGAGGUAACAGUUGAACAGUUGAACUGCUUGAUUUCCUGCAACUUCAUUGCUAGAUUUUGUUCUGGAAAAGGGGUACAAAUCUGGUGCUUGAACAAUACUGUAUUGUGUCUUACCUGCAAUGCUUUUACCUCAUAUCUUUCAUGCUGUACAGGAGACAAUUUUUGUUUAUUAAUGUAAAUUGGUAUUGAUCUAAACUUUUGAACUAAUAAUUUACUUUGCAAAGGACCAAAUUCCAUCAUACCUAAAGAAUACUAUAGAAUAAAUACAUUUAUUAUUAUUA